UAUAUAUUGUGGGUGGAGAUUGCGCCAAACUGCGCAAACACUUGUAUAUAAAAGCCACACCAAGUGUCGCAAUUCUUUAAUUAUUCGAACACUGCCUCUACAGACAGUUCGCAAGUUCUGGGCCUCUAUUGAAUAUUCGAAUUGUUUGCAAAUCAAAACAUGACUUCUUCGGGUUCAGAUGAUCUGAAAAGUCUUCAAGAGCAAGCAAAUUCUCUGAGGAAGUUUGCAUUCUAUGGAGUAGCCACCUCUACAAUUGCCACUUUGUUCUCUGUAAUUUCCGUGCCAAUUUUAUACAGUGUUAUGCAACAUAUGCAAUCCUCAAUGCAGUCUGAAGUUGAUUUUUGUCGUCUUAGAUCCGGUAACAUUUGGAGAGAGCUUUCCAAAACUCAGAUCUUGACCCAAGUAGCUGGUGGCGCAAUUGUCCGCUCUCGUCGUCAAGCUGGUUACAGUUCCGGUCCACUUGAAAGCGCUGUUGAAUCUGCUCCUGCAAAUGUAGGAGGUGGUGGAGGUGGUUGUUGUGGAUGUGGAGUCUCUCCACAAGGACCACCCGGAGUUCCCGGAAGAGAUGGAGAUAAUGGAGCUGACGGAGAAGCUGGUGCACCUGGAAAAGAUGGACCAGACGGACCAGCUGCGACUCCUGCUCCAAACUAUGACUGGUGCUUCGAUUGCCCACCAGGCCCACCAGGACCAGCCGGAAGCGCUGGGGUUAAGGGACCAUCUGGUAACCCUGGAGCCCCAGGAACUGAUGGUCCAGCUGGAAAUAAAGGAGGCCAAGGACCACCUGGAAACGCCGGAGCUCCAGGUGCAAACGGAAAUCCUGGAAAUGCAGGAACGCCCGGAAUUCCUGGUAAAACUAUUGAGGUUCCUGCACCAGCAGGGCCAGCUGGAGCUCCAGGACCAGCAGGACCACCUGGAACCGCAGGAACACCGGGUUCACAAGGUCAGCCAGGAAAGGAUGGAUCUCCAGGAGACGCUGGAGACAAUGGUACUGCUGGAUCUCCAGGUCACCCUGGAGGAGAAGGUCCAGUGGGACCAGACGGUGCCAGAGGACCAAGUGGAGGAUGUGAACAUUGUCCACCACCAAGAACAGCUCCGGGAUAUUAGAAAGAUUUUGAUUAGUUAUCACUCGUUUGUAAAGUCUUUCCUAACUGUCCUAUCACAGCUCGAGACUUUUUCGAUGUGCUUUAAUGUCUUUUCCGUCAGAACUUUCAGUGAUCUGCAAAAUUUUUUACAUUUCAAUUUUGUGGUUUUUCUUGUUUAUCAUAUAUUUUUUAUAUCUAAGUUAUAUCCGUCAGUGAAAAUGAAAAUAAAACGUUUCAAAAGCUUGA